UUGCUGCGUGUAUAAAUAUAUGUGUGUGUAUAAAUAUAUAUACAUAUAUAUAUACGAAAAAUAGACAUUCGCGCGUGCAUAUUGUCGGUCAGGUGCGCGAAAACAAAACCGUAGCAGUGGAAGCCCGAGGCUAUCCGGUGUUUGGCAAGCUGUCGCUGAUUCUCAGUGAUCACUACGAUCCAGGAUGAUCGUCCUCGCAUGGUCCUUGUUCGUGCUGGUUUCGUUACUCGUCUCCAAUCAAGCGUUCCUCGCUACUCCCGUAUCAGUUCAUGGAGCGCCGAGUUACGAUAUCACUGGCCACGUUCAGCCACGAUUGGAGAGCAACGAGGUGAUUCAUAAAGUUAACAACAACCACCACCAACACCCGGCCGAUUCGACAAACGACGAACGCGACAACGAGCAAACGGUCUACGUGAUCGAAUUCGAGUCCGAGUCGAACGAGAAGGAAGAAACCAUGCAGAACAAAGGGAAAGACUCGAAUUCUCAGAACGGAAACGAUCAAAACCCCCUGGACCCGUGGUCGAUCGUCUGGUACAUUGGUUCGUUCGGAGGUUUGGUCGCUUUCUUCCUAAUCGUCAGUUGUUCAGAGUGGUGUUGCCGUCGUGGUGGACGGCCACUGACUGUCCCCUACGCGCAACGAACUGAAGCGUUGAACGGGCCAGUGACAGAAACACCGCCCCCGCCGUAUCACUUAUUUGCACCGCCGUCGUACGAUUCCGUGAAUUACGGUGAAAUCGUGGACAAAACGUCCGGAGAGAAAUUAGACAUUUACGUGAUAUCCGUGCCGAUUCACAGACCUGUAGUCCAGGUUCCAGCCUAAGACUACCUCCGAGAGAGAUCCUCGACAGGGAGGGAUCUCGGGAUUUCGAAAUCAAGAUGGGAAAAAAAAACCUCGACAAUUGUUCGUUAAAGUUGUCCAGCACGAUGUGGACUGUACUGCACGAAGAAAAUAUACAUAGACUUGUUGAAGCUUCCUCGUUGGCAUCCCCUCUAACCUGGGAGGAGGGUGUCACUUUGACAAUCGUCUGCCGAUCCACGGCCGAAGGUUCGUUAGAAAUGAAUCGUGGAUCGAGGAGGGACGCAGGACGAGCUCGAUGAAUACGUUGGUUCAAUUCGCUGCGGGGUGUAUUUCGAGUAUCGAGCGAAUACUCGGAAGAAGAUGCUCUUGCUGAAGAAACAAAUUACAAUGGUACGAGAAGAGGAAUGAGAUUGAUUAGACGUACUGUUUGGAUUUCUUGUGCGCCGUGGAAUGGAUAGGAAGAUGAGCAAAGGUUAUCUACGGCGAAGAAGUUUCUUAAACGUGAAGAUUUUCUUAGGAGGGAAUACUCGAAAGAGCGAAGAAGAUUUUUAUUUACGAUAGAAGAAACAAGCUUGAUAGAUAUGUCGUUCGAAUUUCGAAGAUGUUCGAGUAUUCGAAAGAACGAUGAAGUUUGUCGUUCGUGGAGCAAACAAUUUUUUCGAAUUUUUUUAUCCAGUGCGCCGAGGGAAACGAGUAAACAGGAGACGACGCUUCGAAUUUCUACGACGAUCGAUGAAAAUCGGGUUCGUAGGAAACCUCUGACUGUACGUAUUGUAAUGUAUUUGAAAAAAGAAACGCUGUGUUUCUAAGUGAGCGAACGAAAAAAAACUGGAAGUUGACAAACGAUGCAAACGAUUUCUAAGGUUUAAAAAAAAAAAAAGAAGGAUACCAGCGGAAGAGAAAUAAGCUAACAAUAAGCUAAAAAACGAUAAUGAGCAAUCUCAUGGUGUAUCUCCGACAUAGGUCCAACUGCGAAGCAAUGUUCUCUGUGAUGAUGUUCGCGAAGCGAACUGAAAUUUAAAAAGAACUAGAGAUAAAUUUUUUUAUCGCGUGUGCUUUUGAAAUGAACCCGUUGCGCGGAUAUUGACGAAGAAACUUUACUAUUUUUUUUUUUUUUUUUAACAAAAUACGAAGUGGUAGAUUAACGAAAUGCGAAUAUAACGCGUGUAUAUUUAAGCUCGACUUCGUUCGACGAUGGACGAACAAAGAAUUCGAACAAAUCGCGCGUGUGUUUCGACACUUUUAAACAAAAUGUUUAUCCGAACACUGCCUAGUCAGGUGAAUGAUCGAAGUUCGAGAGUCAUUCUAAUCCUUCCAAUUUUCUAACGGUCUCUACAUGCUGAUUUUUGCUCCUGACUUUGCUCGUGACCAGCUAAGAGAAGGAGAAGAAGAAAAAAAAAGAAACAAAAACUGCCAUAUUUUCGUACACCUUCGAGGACACUCUUCUACCAUGUAGUUUCUAACUUCAUUUUCGACCCAAUCGUGCUUGUUUCUCAAAUUUUUUAAACGUAGGAAAUUUCUUAAAAUUAUGACAAAAACACGAUAUCAUUGCUGAUACAAUUUCUCUUUGCAAUUUUAUAAUAGAACUUCUCCUAAAAUAUUAACCUGUUAACCAGAAGAAACGAGCCAUUUAAAUGAUUUAAAUUCUUUUACGUGUGUAACGUUAUUUUUGUUACGAAUAAAUUAUCUACACGCAGUAUUUUAAUACGACUUGCGUAUCAGCAGAGAGCAAACGUAUUAACUUUUAAUUUCAUAAAUAGAAGUUUUUAAUUAAAGGACGAUAAAGUUAACAGGUUGAAGAUUAUUUGUUUUCAUCUGUCGGGAAAAUAAUAAAACUGGGAUAUAUGUAUUUAUGAACUGUAUGAGCGCAGCGAGGUUAAAAAGUAGAGAGGGAUCGUAUAGAGAAGUUCAGAAACUGUACGAUUGAAAAAUUAAACGAAAAUGUUCGCUACAUUUUUUGUUUAUUUCUGAUUCUAAUUAUUGAAUCACACAUUGAUCUUUUGAUUAUUCUCAGAAACUCUAAUAAUAACUGAUUUUCUUUAUCCUGCUAUAUUCUUUGGAUCAUUUUCGAUCAAUGACUUUCUCUAAUUUUGAUUACAAAAUCAUUAGCUACGUUACAACAUACUAUCUAGUAUUUUUUCAUCUUUCAAGGAAUGUCUUCUUUUUUAACUUUUUGAUUAAAAUUAUACACGUGUGCCUCCCAGAAGCUAAACCGAUCGACUCCCAUAACGUUCUGAAUUUUAUUUAACAGAGAAAAUUACAUAGUAAAUUUAUAACAAAUUAUAUAGUAAAUUUUGAACAAUAAUGUUUAUAAUCUAAUUCAAUUUUAUAGCAUUGCUCGACGUUACUUCUGAUUUAAAUUGGAUGACAAAAAAAAAAAAAAAGAGGACACAGAGAAAAUGCUAAAAGUCUAGUUUCCUUUAGUUUCGCAGACAGAUUUUAACCAAAUUAAAAAUUAAGGUGAAGGUAAAAUAAUUAAAGAUAAAUAGGGGUGUCUUUUAAAGAAGAAAAGAAAAGAAGAUACAAUAGCUCAGUUGCGACCGUUCUGCUAAUUGCCCUGAGUUGAACAGAGCCAAUUACAGCCGCAAUUCCUUGCUACUUUUUGUUUUUCCUUAACACUCUUUUUUCCCGGGUUAUGUGUAUUUGCAUGGGAACGUUGCAUAAGAGGGCGCGCGCGCGCGCGUGUGUGUGUGUGUAUGUGACUCACUUUACAACUUGAAAUGAUUUAUCAACGAGACACGUGUGCGAGAAGUUCGAAUAAUAUCUAAUAUUACUACACGCGAUUGACCUCAAUCGCGAUCGUUCCAAGUCCGACAAUUGCAGACGAUUAUACAUAAAUUACGAAUUGACUGCCAUAAAAAGAAUUUAAGCGAAGGGGGUCACGAUAGUAGUUUGCGAAGCAUUCGUACGAUCAUGCCUCGAGGAAAGUACGAGGAGAGAUUCUUAUGUCAUCUCACGAAACUGCUCGAACACUCACAAAAAAUCUUUGAGACUCGUGUGUCUUCUGCGAGCUACGUAUUUUGAGAUUUCACUAGCACCGUGAUAGAGGCCAAUUAUCAUGAUUAUGUUGGCAAAAUUUGAAAGAACUGUGAAGCUAUGUUUAACACAGAUUCCGAAAAUAUUUAAACAAUCGUGCAUUUUGUUGAUAAAUUAGUAAGCGGUACUACUCACGCAGUAUACGAAUCUUAUUAUUAAAUGCAUGCUUCCGGUAAACGAACCAUACAAAAGAAUCACACUGAUCAGCCACAAACUCCAUAAAUCGAAAAUAUCUGAAUAUUUGUAAAUAUUCGCAUUCUUUCAUUAACAGCACGCCCCGCUUGUUAUUUGAAUCACGAAAGGAGAGAUACCGCGUAUUCGAUACAAAUGACAGUGACUUAUGUACAAUUAUACCCACGACAGGAUUUUUUUUUUUUAAAUAAUUCGUUGCAUUUUGUUUUGUUCAUCUUUCUUAAUGUGAAUGCGAUUUAAUACGAAUUUACACAUCGACGAGGAAAUAUAUAGUGUACAGUGGCUCAUGAAAAUAUUUAAACACCUUGCAGAGAAAACUUCGAACUUAAAAAAAAAAAAAAACUUGCUACGUGAAUUAAAAUUUUAAACAAAUUAAAGUUUUAAAAUUUCAUCAGCAGAGUGUAAACGAUUACAUUCGUGAAAUUUGAGAUCUAUCUGAAAAUAUUCACGAAAGUUACUAGAUACUUAAAUAAUGCAUAAAGAUUAAUAUACCGCAUUAAAUGUAGAAUUUUGUGAAUGAUAAACUUGAAUACUGACGAUUCUUAAUAAAAGAUUAAAAUAAUACACGAUAUAUUCAUCAAAGGAUCUUUGCAAGUGUUCGAAUAUUUUCGUAAAUGAUUUCGUAAACAUUUUCAGUCUUCUCGUUUUCAGAGCUGUCAUUUCUGUUAAAGAAACAGAAUUUAAUACUUGAAAUAUCAAACGUUUCGUUAGGAAAAGAAAUAUUAGAUACAUUCUGCGAUUCACAUUUACAAAUUAUAAAUGCGGAAAGUGUGGAAAAUACUCGAAAAUUAGACUAUUACAUGUGAGCAAGCUACGUAUUGCAGAAUCUAGUUUUAUUUAUAAUAACGUUGUCGCGUUGAUCUCCGCCGUUUAGCUUUAACCGGUUUGAUUAAAAGGUUCGAAUAAAAAGCAGGAGACGAAAAGAAUUUUAUAUAUGAAUGUGUGGAAGGAUGUUAGAGAAAUUUAUCGUACAAUGUCAAUUACUAUUAUUACCAUUAUAAUCACUAGCAGUGUUAUUAUCGUUGGAAUCGUAAUCGUAUUCCCGGUCGCGAUUGGAACACAUUACGAUGAAUUUGCUCUCAUUAAGUCUUACAAAGUCGCGGCGCCGUCAUUAUUUAUUUUUUAUACUUUUAUACAUACUGUUUAUACCUAUUCGAACAUCACUAUAUGUUAUCAAUAAAAAUUUCUUUUCUC